AUGACCUGUGAUGGUAUAAAAGAAGACGAUAUUGGCGGCCCGGUGUUCAGUGAAUUCGGUAUCAGCUGGUUGCAGAAUGAAGGCAGAGGUAUAAUACGAUUUAGUAAUUUGAGGAUCGCAUCUAAACGAGUUCGAAUUGUCAUUCAGAUUUCGAUAUUUGGCGCCUUGAUGCUAAUAACCUUCAGCUGCGCACAACAGGUGGAGAUUGUGGAACACGAUCAAAACAUCAACCCAGAUGGAUCAUACUUUUACAACUAUCAACUGACGGAUGGAACCCACGUUCAGGAACAAGGAGUAGGAGGGCAGUCGGCUACGGGUGCCUAUAAGUAUACGUCGCCCGAAGGAGAAGUGAUACAAAUCACCUAUACGGCCGACGAAAAUGGAUUCAAUCCGCAGGGGGAUGCAAUCCCACAGCCACCACCCAUUCCCGAUUCAAUUCUGCGUGCUUUGGAGUACAUUCGAACGCACUCGCAACCCAUCAGGAAGUGA